CCGGAAACUAGACACACGGCCAGGACCUUUGUGACGUACAAAGCAAGGCCAUAGGCCACUUCCCUUGCAGUUUUCCUAGAGCCGUUAUAACCAGCUUCUACAGCUACUUGCUCGCUUUAUCUUCGUGCUCAGUCUUUGUGUCACCCUUCAGCAACAUGGAUGCUUCACAGUUAUGUAAACUGUUUAUCGGCGGCCUGAAUGUUCAAACUACCGAAGAAGGCCUGAGGGAGCAUUUCGGGGCCUACGGACAGCUUACCGACUGUGUCGUGGUGGUGAAUCCCCAGACCAAGCGCUCCCGAUGCUUCGGCUUUGUUACAUACUCCAACUCAGAUGAGGCUGAUUCGGCCAUGGGGGCCUCUCCGCAUAUGGUAGAUGGCAGCAACGUGGAGCUAAAGCGAGCAGUGUCUCGGGAAGAUUCUGCCAAGCCUGGAGCACAUGCUAAGGUGAAGAAGCUGUUUAUCGGUGGUGUGAAGGAGGAGAUCGGCGAGGAUGAUCUGCAACAGCAUUUCAUCCAGUUUGGCGAGUUGGAGAAAGUAGAGAUAAUUGCUGACAAACAGUCCGGCAAGAAGAGAGGUUUCGGAUUCAUCUAUUUCACCGACCACGACUCUGCCGACAAGGCCGCAGUUGUCAAGUUUCAUUCUAUUAAUGGUCACCGCGUGGAGGUAAAAAAGGCAGUGCCCAGAGAAGAUAUCCAGGGCGGUGGUGGCUCCUCCAGACCUUUCCGUGGCGGCAGAGGUGGUGGUAGAGGCCGAGGCAGCGGCACAGGUUCUAGAGACCUAAAUGGUUUGUCAGGUGGAAGCAAAGGAGGCUACGGCGGCUAUGGUGGCUACAACAGCAGUGUCGGCCAGGGAUUUAAUUCCUAUAGUGGCGGCUAUGGUGAUCAGAUCGGUUACGGCAAUGGCUACAACAGCUUUGGAAGCUACAGUCAGCAGCACCAGUCUUCGUAUGGCCCCAUGAAAACCGCAGGCGGCGGCACCACAGGCACCACUUGGGGAAGCAGGGCUGGCAGCGCGGCCCCGUACAGAGGAGGAUAUGGGGCUGGCGGCGGCUAUGGCAGCAGCAGCUAUGGUGGUGGUGGUUCAUACGGUGGCAGCUCUUUCUAAACACGUGGAAGGCUUCAGAAAACCCAACAGACUCCGUCAUAUAUUUCUUUUUUUUUUGUUAGUCACAAGGGACUUUUUUUUUUUCUUAUGAUUCUUGGACCUUGGUCGUUUUUAUACUAGUACAACAUGCUAGAGAGCGGGAAGGUUGCUGUCUGUUUUUGAUUGCCUGCUUUGUUCGUCCGCAAACCAGGAGGAUGGGUGAUAAAAUGGACAGUGGGAAAAAAAAACUUUGUACGAGCCAGUGUUUAAAAACUUUUUUGCAGCUUCCCCAGGCUGCUUAAAGGAAAACAGAACUUUCUUGUACAUCGUUCUACAAUCCUGCUUUUUAAAUCAUUGUUUAUGACCUGAAGUCUAACCUAUUAUAUUUCCAUAGUAUCCUAAUGUCUUUUAUGGACUUCUUCUGUAGAAAGUCAGGAACCGUUUCUUUGUUGUGAGCCUUUUUAUAUGGGUAAACCUGCCUGUAUUUUUAUUUUAUUGUAGUAGGGUAAUGUGUUUCUUUUGCAUAAGAUCAUCCAAAGGAGUAGCUUAGAGUAACUAAAUCAAUUUCUGCUGCUCUGUCCAUAUACUUUUUUUUUAUUCAUUAUACUGUAGUUCUGGUGCAGUCCAGCUUAUUUCGUUCAUAUAAAACUUUGUGUUUACUUA